AAUACACAUUUGUUCAGUCAGUCAACCUGCUGCAGUCCCUCGAAAACUCUUCGGUCCCUGCUUCGUUCGUUUAUCUAUCACCCAGUGAAACUCAAUACGUACUAAUCUCCUUAAUACGAGACGAUAAUCCUCACAUUACUUCCACAACAUUGGAUCUACCAAAGAUUUUCAAACCACAAAUCAUCGAUGUACCUAAACAGCCCUCUAAAUUUUUAUCCUGUUCAAGACAUCAUUCCAGUCAGUCUCGUCCAUCCAACUUUUUAUGUAACAUUCCCGAUUUAAUAAGGUGUGAAGAAUUUCCAAGAGUUACAGUUUUACAGUAACCUCUAAGAAAUCGAGUUUAAUUAAGUAACAAGUUUUAAAUAUUAAUUUACAUUUAAAUUGGUUUCGACAACAUGUUAACAACGAUUGAAUUAUAUAACAUUUGACUCGAGGCUGUAAAGAAUUAGUGGAAAAUACGCUGUUAGAUAAGAAAUCGGACGAGUGGGAAAUUAGUGGUUGUCAUAAAAAGGAAAUAAAUUGUUGUCUCUUCUCGGAAAUAUUUCUCAAGCUGCGAAAUAUGGACUGCACGGACAGGUCUUGUUUCCCAAGCCUGGGGGGAAUCAGUCUCGCCCUGGUGAACUUCCCCGACUUCCCUCCACCCCCACCACUCCCAGCUUUCAUGGCUCCACUCCUCAUUUUCGAAAAGGAUAAUUCCACCGAGAGCUGUGAUCUGUGUUCAAAAUGGGGCUUCGACUCGUUACAAAAGACAGGAGGGGAAGUGAACAAUCUCACUUUUAUGUUGACCAUGGUCGCAAUUAUCUCGGCAUUGUCGGGAGCUGGGAUUAUGGCUGCUAUUCUGAGCAUUAGAAGGAUACGAAAAGGGAGAUCGCACCUCAAUCCAGACUCGAUGCGUCAUUUAGAACGGAAAUGUAACGAACAUCUUCAAACGCUUCCUCUGCCACCGUCGAGAUCUACGAAUUCGACCCCUUUGUCCAAUACGUAUUGUGAAGGGCCGUACAAUGACAACAAUAAGGAGGGCUACAAUAUUUAUGCGGAAUUGCACAAUGCAGCACCAGUCGCAAGCGCUUCUCAGAUAUGGAGGAGACCCCCAAUUCCCGUGCCGCCCAUGGUGGAUAACUGCUACUUGGAACUGAGAGAUUUGCCUGGCAGUAUUGGAUGUGGAGUACCUUGUGCAAAUACGCCCUUAUUUCGCCCCCAGCUUCAAUCACAACCUCAAUCCCCAGGAACAUAUUCCCUCACACCGAGCAAUACCACGACCGCUUCGUAUUAUACGGAUUUGGAGUUGAAAAGUAGAACCAGAGAUGAAGUUCAGUAAGAAUUUUAAAAUGUAUGUGUGUAUUCAUGACCCGGAAAGAAAUGUAUUUAGUAAAGCUUUAAGUGCAGGAAGGAACUUUUUUUUACGUUGAACAAUCAUGACGAAAGUAAUAGCCAUAUCUCGAUAUACGUAUUUAUAAA